AUGACGGUGCGUAGAGGAAAGAAACUCAGCAUCUCCAUUCAGGAACACAUGGCAAUUGACGUCUGCCCCGGCCCCAUCAGACCCAUCCGACAGAUCUCCGCCUACUUCCCCCGCCUGUCCCCCACCUCCCCCACCCGUGUCUCCCCAACCCCCACAAGCUCCUCCGUGGUCAUCAGCCCCGGUGGCGUGGCCUCUGGCAUGGGGGGCACCCACCUCUUGUCCCCGCUGCUGCCCCAGGGAGGAGCCAUGGGCGGGGGCGGGUCCCUGUCGCUGACCAGCAGUGUGGACACUUCAGUGGAGAUAAACAGCUCGGACAGUGACGACUGCACUGCCUUGGGAACGCUGGAGUUUGAGUUGCGCUAUGAGCAGAGCUCCAGCGAGCUGCACUGCACUGUGCUCAGGGCAAAGGGUCUGAAGCCCAUGGACUUCAACGGCUUAGCUGAUCCCUAUGUCAAACUGCAUCUACUGCCUGGGGCGUGCAAGGCCAAUAAGCUGAAAACCAAGACAAUUCGCAACUCCCUGAACCCAGUGUGGAAUGAAACGCUCACUUACGUCGGGAUCACAGAGGAGGACAUGCACAGGAAGACACUCAGGUUGUCAGUGUGUGAUGAGGAUAAGUUGACUCAUAAUGAGUUCAUUGGGGAGUCCCGGGUGGCGCUAAAGCGUGUGAAGCCUGACCAGACAAAGUAUUUCCACACCUGCCUGGAGCAUCCACCCCCGCUCCCCUCUCCCACUGCCAUGGGUGCUGCCCUUCGAGGAAUAUCUUGCUACUUAAGAGAGUGGGAGAACGAGCAGCUCCACAGCCUGGAGGAGAGAGGCCGGCUUCUUCUCUCACUGCAGUUCCUGCCUCCGCUCUGCUUGGAGGAGAGAGAAGGGGAGGGAGGGGGAGGCGAGGGCCGCCGCAGCGGGGGGCUUUGCGUCGGGGUGAAGCGCUGCGCCCACCUGGCAGCCAUGGAUGUCAACGGCUUCUCCGACCCCUACGUCAAAAUAUACCUGAAACCCGACAUACAGAAGAAAUCUAAGCACAAAACAGCGGUGAUGAAAAGGACCCUCAACCCUGAAUUCAAUGAGGAGUUUUUCUAUGAUAUCUCCCUGUCGGAGCUGGCCAACAAGACGCUGGAGGUCACCGUGUGGGACUACGACCUGGGCCGCUCCAAUGACUUCAUAGGCGGUGUGUGUCUGAGCUGUCAGUCCCAGGGCGACGCUCUACGCCACUGGACGGACUGCCUCAAGAACAAAGGCCAGAAGGUGGAGCGAUGGCACGUGCUGACCAACGAGCUCCCGCGAACCUUGAGCCACGACUAAGCCCGCGCAACGCCUCCGCUGGCUCGACGCCGGAGCAGCUGGCGGUGAUCGACAGCGAUGGUUGACAGAGCUCUGCCGGUCACGAUACGAGACGGACUCAUGCAACUUCACAAAUCGAUGAGUAGGAAAAGAAUUGGCUAAGUGCCGCUGCGGGGACUAGGGAACAAAAUGACACACAAUGGCCAGUGCAUGGUGGCGUGCCUUCAUGAUUCAUCCACACUCCUGAUGGAGAUGCUUGCCAGAGGGUUUGCUUGUUGGCCUCAUCACCGAUAUCAGCAUUUACAGCUCAACAUCAUACCUCCAGGCCGGGAUCAGGUUACAUUUGAGGGUUUGAUUGAUUUAUAGAUUUGCUGUAAAAUGAGGCCGACACUGAUCUUUUGUUGAACUCUGAAUAUUGGACAGUCAUGGAUCGAGGUUUCUCCCUGACCACAGUCUAGAUCACAGUCAAUUUUGCAUUUUCUUUGACAUUUGAUUUGGUAACCCCACUUGUUUCCAAUGCUAAUUAACUUGUUUCCAGAAUUUUCUUCAAUCCAGUGUUGGUUUCUUGAUCUUUGUUGACUGAUCUGCCUUAUUCUGCCUUGUGUCAAACAUAUUUACAAUUACUAAAAUUCAUGAAACAAGUGAAACUGCACUGGAAACAAGUGGGAUUAUCUCAUCCCAGUAGUAGAUUUUUGUCAUUUGUU